AUGUAUGGGCGCGCUCCAAGAGUUACCUACCUCACUGUUGGCAGCACCACGUCCAAAAUUGGGCCAGGAUCAUACGAGGUCAUUGAAUACAAAACAAAAAAAUCAGGUAGGGUUGUUGAUGUUUUCAAAAGGAAGUUUUAACAGCAUUUUAGGAACAAGCUCUCAAAUUGUUAUAAUUUGUCAGUUUUUAAAAUUAGUUAUUAUGACUGUUGCUUAUCUGAAAACCAUGUAGGGCAGGCCUAUGGCUAAAAUACUGUAUGUACAGUGAGCUCCAUAAUUCACUGGACAGUGACCAUUCUUUUGUUAUUUUGGUUCUGUACUCUAGCACUUUGAGUUUGAAAGGAUACAAUGACAAUGAGGGUGAAGUGCAGACUGUCAGCUUUAAUUUGAGGGUAUUUUCAUACAUAUCGGAUGAACCGUUUACGAAUUAUAGAAGCUUUUGUACAUGGUCCCCCCCAUUUUCGGGAAAUCAAAAAUCAUUGGACAGUUUAACAUAAUGUAGAAUAAAGUAAUCAUUGUUAAUAUUUGGUCGCAUAUCCUUUGCAUGCAAUGACUGCUUGAAGUCUGCGAUGCAUCGCCAUCACCAGACGCUGGGUAUCUUCCCUGGUGAUGCUCUGCCAGGCCUGUACUACAGCCAUCUUCAGUUCCUGCUUGUUUCGGGGACUUAUUGCCUUAAGUCUCCUCUUCAGCAUGUAAAAUGCAUGUUCAAUUGGAUUCAGAUCUGGUGAUUGACUCGGCCAGUCAAGGUUUUUCCACUUUUUGGCCAUCAAAAACCCCUUUGUUGCUCUAGCAGUAUGUUUAGGGUCAUUGUCUUGUUGCGUGAUUAAGUGCCGUCCAAUGAGUUUGGAGGCAUUUGGUUUUAUCUGAGCAGAUAAAAUAUUUCUGUAGACUUCAGAAUUCAUUGUUCUACUUCUGUCUGCAGUCACAUCAUCGAUGAAGACAAGUGAGCCUGUUCCACUGGUAGCCAUACAGGCCCAAGCCAUAACACCCCCUCCACCAUGUUUCAUGGAUGAGGUGGUAUGCUUUGGAUCAUGGGCAUUUCUUUUUUUUUCUCCACACUUUUGUCUUUCCAUCACUCUGGUACAUGUUAAUCUUUGUCUCAUCUGUCCACAAAUUUUUUUUCCAGAACUCUUGGGGUUCUUUUAGGUGCUUUUUAGCAAACUGUAAUCUUGCCUUUCUGUUCUUCAGGCUUAUCAGUGGUUUGCAUCUUGUAGUGUACCCUCUGUAGUCCUGCUGGUGUAGUCUUCUGCGUAUGGUAGACUUUGACACAUCUACACCUGCAUCCAGGAGAGUGUUUUUGAUCUGUUGGGCUGUUAUCAGGGGUUUUUUUCUUCACCAUAGAGAGUAUUCUCCGGUCAUCCACUACAGUGGUCUUCCUCUGUCUACCGUGUCUUUUGACAUAAUUGAGUUCACCGGUUGUUUUUUUCUUGUUAAUGAUGAACAAAACUGUUGACUUGGGCAUGGCCAGGGUUUUUGCAAUGUUCCUGAAUGAUUGAUUUUCAUUUCUGAGCCUUAUGACGGCCAACUUCAUUUGCAUCGACACUGCUGUCUUCCUCGUGUUGUCACACCCCAAUAACAACCUCCAAAGGCAAUAGCAACGUCUAGAAUCAUUACUAUUCAUCAACAGCUCUCCUGCAUUCACUAACGACACAAAUGAAUACACCUGCCUAACGACACACAUCUGUGAAGCCAAUUUAACAAAUACUUGUAGUACCUUAAAAUGGGGGGACCAUGUACAAAAGGUGCUGUCAUUUCUAAACGGUUCAUCCGAUAUGUAUGAAAAUACCCUCAAAUUAAAGCUGACAGUCUGCACUUCACCCUCAUUGUCAUUGUAUCCUUUCAAACUCAAAGUGCUAGAGUACAGAACCAAAAUAACAAAACAAUGGUCACUGUCCAAUGAAUUAUGGAGCUCACUGUAUGUAGACUUAUCGGCUCAGCUGCUAAGUUUUGUGUUUGAAGUAGCCAUAUUGACCCAAAAGGUAGCCUUUGUUGCAUGCAUGUACAAUUUGUGAUUAAUCCAAUAUUUCAUCAUGUUGAGCUCUGAUUCAUAAAGUAUGCUGUUUUUGAAAGCAAUUGAAAACGUUAUACAUACUGUUACAAGUUGUGACAGUGUAUAAAAUAUGUUCAAAAUAUGUGUAUAGGCCUAUAUCCAUUGACAUUUAUCACUGUUUUGCAGAUGGCUAUGCUCCGUUCCUCUCACUCUCCAACCGGCCCUCAAUGUUCCACAGGUCCAGCGAUGACAAAGCCUUGCCUGGACCGGGACAAUACAACAGCUCACAUGGUAAGGUAAGUCAUGGAUGCAUCCAUUCACCCAAGUGUGAAAUUAAUUCACUUUCUAGCAGUCUUGUCAAAUGGGUCUGAAGAAUCAAUGCAUUGGGUUCAAUUUGAUUCCCAAGCUUAGCUAAUAAUCAUAAACCAAGGUGACGUUGAUCUGAACCUUGUAGGAUAACAUUCUGGGAGGACAAAGUCUAAAGAAUCGAUCAAAGCGGUUUGAUGAGGUGGUGUCAGAAGUCCCGGGCCCUGGAGCGUACAACGUCCGGCAGGCGGCAGGAAACACUCUGAGGGGAGCUGAGAGUGAGCCUCUGGGGAAGAGACGCACUAAAGUGGUAUGUGUCCUUGAGGUGUAUUCACUAGGAACAAAACGGAAGCAAACACGCCGAAACGGGGAGGUACCUACCUGAAUUUGUGCAAUAAGAAACUCUCGUUUUCAUUUCAAAACGUUUUCCACUGCUAAACGUUUUGCUACAGUGUGUCCUAAUGAAUACACACGUUCUAGCCUAAGCUAUCCCAUCACAGCACACUCUGUGACAGACCGCAAAGGUGAGUGGGGAACCAUCCCACCUUGUCACUGCACAUGUUUUAAGACGAUUGAUGCAGAAGACAUAGUAAAAAAGCCAUGUAAUAAUUGGAGUCCCACGCUAUCAUCUGAGAUUGUUUUGUGCUUCCACCCCCUCUUAAACGUUGUGUGCUUGAGCUACAUACUUCUGGAUUUGUCUAUUUCUUCUGCAUCCGCUGAUGCCGACCAUUAGCCUGUGCGUUUGAUUGGGGCUGGUGUUUGUGAGAGCAGAUAUUCCUUUCCCACUGAGCAAACCAUUUAUGUACUUACAGCAGUCAUAUAAAUACAUUUUGAUCAGGUUUUUGCUUUUGUCAAUAAAACACAUGAAUGCAACUGUUUAUGUUAAGUUGUUUUUGUAUUCUACUUGUAGCGCUGGUUGUCCUGAAAAGACAAUGGUACAACACUUCAAUGUAAGGCUAAAUAUGAGGGCAGGGCAAGCAGAUAAAUGGAAGUAGUGUAUUUCAGGUUUCCGAUUCAGGGAUUGGCUGGGCAUGUUAAUGUGUUUCCUAUGUUGUCUAUUCCACUAGUGGCUUCAGGGUGUUCCUAAUCGCCUCAAGUUCCUGCCACAGCCAGACAUUCCUUCCAUCCCGUCGCCUGGGCAGGCCUUUGGCUAUGAAGACAAUGGACAGGGAUUUCUUUGCAAGCAAAAGGCACCAGCAAAGGAUGAAACAUUAGGACCUGCUUUCUACAACCCAGUGGUGGUAAGAGAGGAGCGGGCACACACAAAUACACACACGCACGCACGCGCACACACACACACACACACACACAACUCACUCAGUAAGUUAUGACAGUGAGAGUGGUGAGAGUAAAUUCAUUAGUGAGUGAGUAAGUGUGUGUGUGUGCGUGUGUUUGCCCUUACCCUGUGUGAGAGAGUUCCAUUAGCAGCAGCCGAUCUAAUGCAACAGUGGGCCUCUUAAUUUGUCCCGAAAUCUAUUUCCAUAGCUAAUGAUCGGAGCUCUACAAAGCACCUUGUUCAUUUAUUCUGGUGUCAACAAAGAGGACCAUUAGUAAUUAUUCUUCAAGUUAUAUUACAAUAUUCACUUAAAAUAAUGCACCGCCCACUGGUCUGGCCUUCAAUUAAACUAUAUUUCAUUUGCUAAUGACUAACCAAGUCAACAACGUCCUUGAGGUAGGUUAUAUCAACACUCCAGACUGACAGAAAGAGAUUAGUGAGGUAGGUUAUAUCAACACUCCAGACUGACAGAAAGAGAUUAGUGAGGUAGGUUAUAUCAACACUCCAGACUGACAGAAAGAGAUUAGUGAGGUAGGUUAUAUCAACACUCCAGACUGACAGAAAGAGAUUAGUGAGGUAGGUUAUAUCAACACUCCAGACUGACAGAAAGAGAUUAGUGAGGUAGGUUAUAUCAACACUCCAGACUGACAGAAAGAGAUUAGUGAGGUAGGUUAUAUCAACACUCCAGACUGACAGAAAGAGAUUAGUGAGGUAGGUUAUAUCAACACUCCAGACUGACAGAAAGAGAUUAGUGAGGUAGGUUAUAUCAACACUCCAGACACUGGCACAGAAAGAGAUUAGUGAGGUAGGUAUAUCAACACUCCAGACUGACAGAAAGAGAUUAGUGAGGUAGGUUAUAUCAACACUCCAGACUGACAGAAAAGAUUAGUGAGGUAGGUCAUAUCAACACUCCAGACUGACAGAAAGAGAUUAGUGAGGUAGGUUAUAUCAACACUCCAGACUGACAGAAAGAGAUUAGUGAGGUAGGUCAUAUCAACACUCCAGACUGACAGAAAGAGAUUAGUGAGGUAGGUUAUAUCAACACUCCAGACUGACAGAAAGAGAUUAGUGAGGUAGGUUAUAUCAACACUCCAGACUAGCAGAAAGAGAUUAGUGAGGUAGGUCAUAUCAACACUCCAGACUGACAGAAAGAGAUUAGUGAUUUAGGGUUAUCAAGAGUGCAUCAAUUCAUUCCUUUCUUCCUCUCCCUCUCACUCCUUGUCUUUAAAGGCUUUAAAUCUCCUGACUGACAUGCAUUUUUAACCACCAAGUUUAUCAGGUCAUGGAGUUAAGUAGCUGUCUAAUGGCAUUCUUUCAAAACAGAGAACACUAUGCUGAUAAGACUUGUUUGGGCACCGCUGAUCUAUUGGGUGGCUGAUGAAUAAACCUUUUUUUCCUAACUUGAAUAUGCAUUACAGUGUACAAUUAAUUUCAAAGCUGACUAAGUUCUUUAUACCCUGAGUUGCUUUGGUUUGCUUUUAGAGUUAGUAUUUUGGUAGCAUUUUGUUAGAUGGUAUUUUUGUUAAAGAUAAGUUUGUAGUGUUCGCAAAUUGGAUGCAGCUUGUGUUGUUGACUGACAUGUUCAGUUACUGUUUGUGUGUCACUGAUUGAAUUCAAACCUGCCAUGUCAUGCUGAACCCAUGGUUACUUAGAAAAGGGCUGCUCAUUUCCAGAACUGUCUUUAUUGUCAUUCCUGUAUGUUAAUGGCCCCUGUGCCAUAUCUCAAAUGCCAGAGUAGAAGUGAGGGAGGUUGUAAAGGAAAGAGAUUACUGGUCGCUGAAUCUCAACUGUUCUGAAAUAUACUGACAUUUGGUGGAAUUUCAUCAUCCCAUCCUAAAGAAAGCGAAGCAAAAAAAGAGUAUAAAAUCGAAACAACCCCCUUGCUCCAUCGUCACUGAUUUUUCCCCUGGAUACUUUUUUUUCCACAGGCGGAAACCAGCUUCUCUCUGAAGUACAAAGGCGUCCAUUUUGGGAAGAUGACAGGGAAGCGAGGCGAGGUGAAGGUGGUGGAGGGCCCUGGACCAGGGCCAAUAUGAGCCUGAAGAGUGAGUGCUGUCUGCCUCUCCUCACAUCGAACACUUCAAAUCAAGUCAAAUCAAAUGUUAUUGGUCACGUACACGUGUUUAGCAGAUGUUAUUGUGGGUGUAGCGAAAUGCUUGUGCUUCUAGCUCCGACAGUGCAGUAAUAUCUAACAAGUAAUAUCUAACAAUUUCACAACAUAUACCCAAUACACUACUAAACACACACCCCUAGCCUAGGAUACUCCAUUCCAGUGACUCUGAUCCAUAGGACCACGUCAGUCACACAUCUAUUACCUGAAAUGUGCAUUCGUUUUCCUCUUUAUCGAAAUUCACUCAGACCAAAUGAGUCAUUUUUUUGCCUCCAAAGUAAAAUUAAAGUCUUUAACAUUGUUUACAAUGCACUUCCUGACAGUAUUGAUGGUGAGUGAGGAUGAGUCUUACUAAGCACUUUUGGAUAUUGUGGGCAUCCUCCCGACAUCAACAGCUCUAUAGUAGGGAGGACACCUGCGUUCCCCCAGCUAUCACAUCCCCCACUCUCCUCAAUUGAGCUUGGCUUGGACGUGUAAAUCUGUCCUCCCCAUCCUCUCCCAUCCUGUCCCAAUCCUCUCCCAUCCUCUCCCAUUCCCAGAUAUAUGUGAUUAACAGGGUUGGAAAGGGCCCGUAAGUAAGCAUUUCACUGUUAGUCUACAGCUGUUGUUUACGAAAGCAUGUGACAAAUAACAUUUGAUUUGAUUUUGACAGGGUCAUUUGGAGAUGAUUGACAGGGGAAAUAAAUCCUCACUGUCUCCUAAAAGCUUAAGAGCUGCUGACAGAUUCACAUCCCAUUUCCUCCCCCUAACCCAUGCCCCCCUGCAGGUAUUCCAUGGCAGAGUACGAGAACGUCAAUAUGAGGAAGGAGCAGAAGAGUCGGGCUGAGCUGGUCAUCCCGCGCUACCAUGAGAUUGUCACCUUGCAGGAGGAAAAGAAGGUAACUCCUUAGGGAUGUGUCCGUACCAGUGACACCGUGUCGUCAUACCGUAACAACCCCAAUCAUCAUCAGUACAGUGACACUUCUAGUCUCUCUCGUCCGUCUUUCAUAGUGCUACUUGAAAUGCUAUAGGUUCCAUAAAGCUAAAGCAGGCCGAGCUAGCUAGCGUGAGUCUUGGCGUAUGGUUCACACCUAGACUAGACUGGAGGAGCAAAGCUAAGCAUGUAGCACUUAAUUGAGAAUGACAGGGAGUGUGUGUGUCGACUAACGGGGGACAACACUAGUGGUGACACCAGCUUCCUUCCAUUCUUAAAGGGCCUUUUGGGGCUGGGGGGGGGGGGGGGGUCUCCAACAACAGCACUCCUCAGGGCCUGGUCUCCAACAACAGCACUCCUCAGGGCCUGGUCUCUAACAACAGCACUCCUCAGGGCCUGGUCUCUAACAACAGCACUCCUCAGGGCCUGGUCUCCAACAACAGCACUCCUCAGGGCCUGGUCUCUAACAACAGCACUCCUCAGGGCCUGGUCUCCAACAACAGCACUCCUCAGGGCCUGGUCUCCAACAACAGCACUCCUCAGGGCCUGGUCUCCAACAACAGCACUCCUCAGGGCCUGGUCUCUAACAACAGCACUCCUCAGGGCCUGGUCUCCAACAACAGCACUCCUCAGGGCCUGGUCUCUAACAACAGCACUCCUCAGGGCCUGGUCUCUAACAACAGCACUCCUCAGGGCCUGGUCUCCAACAACAGCACUCCUCAGGGCCUGGUCUCUAACAACAGCACUCCUCAGGGCCUGGUCUCCAACAACAGCACUCCUCAGGGCCUGGUCUCCAACAACAGCACUCCUCAGGGCCUGGUCUCUAACAACAGCACUCCUCAGGGCCUGGUCUCCAACAACAGCACUCCUCAGGGCCUGGUCUCCAACAACAGCACUCCUCAGGGCCUGGUCUCCAACAACAGCACUCCCCAGGGCUAUGCGUUGCACUUUUUUUUCUGUAAUGUCUCCAUCCUUGCUAUGCCUCUCCUCUCCUCUCCUCUCCUCUCCUCUCCUCUCCUCUCCUCUCCUCUCCUCUCCCCUCCUCUCCUCUCCUCUCCUCUCCUUUCAUUUCCUCUUCUUUCCUUUCCCUAUGUCGUUCCCAUGAAAUGCUUAUUGCAUGCGUGACACUGUGGCGUUCCACUUUCGGCUUCCUGUCCCAGUUAUAUCAUGUACCACUAGAGGGCAUUCAAGCUUCACAUUUGGACGGAGCUUGUGCACUACCUGAUAAAACAACGUGAUCAGUGUUCUGGGGUGAAGCUUCUCUUAUGUUACAGGUCUAGGAACAGCUUCCCCUCCCCUUAUCCUAACAUUAAGUAUUAGUGGGGAAAAACUGAUCCAAGAUCAGCAUCUAGGGGCAACUUCACCCUACUCCCUGACCUGCAAAUUAACUUGAAUGCACAGAUGUGGUAUAUAUGUUGGUAGCUUGAUAAUGAUGCUUGAUUUCUUCAUUUAGUACCGCAGUGUUCUAAUUGGUUGGAUUGAAUUACAUGUAACAUACUGAUUAAAGGAGUGUGUUUGACCUUUUUACCUCCCUUUACUUCCAGGAGGAAGGCUAUCAAAAUGAUACCUUCAACUAUUUAUUAAAUCUUUACACGUUUAUUACAACUUAACACAUUAUACAGUACCAGUCAAAAAGUUUGGACACACCUACUCAUUCAAGGGUUUUUCUUUAUUUUUACUAUUUUCUUCAUUGUAGAAUAGUAGUGAAGACAUCAACACUAUGAAAUAACACAUAUGUCUGGUUAGACUGUAAACUAUCCUUUCAGACUCACAUUAAGCAUUUCCAAUCCAAAGUUAAAUCUAGAAUCGGCUUCCUAUUUUGUAACAAAGCCUCCUUCACUCAUGCUGCCAAACAUGCCCUCGUUAAACUGACUAUCCUACUGAUCCUUGACUUCGGCGAUGUCAUUUACAAAAUAGCCUCCAACACUCUACUCAGCAAAUUGGAUGUAGUCUAUCACAGUGCCAUCUGUUUUGUCACCAAAGCCCCAUAUACUACCCACCACUGUGACCUGUACGCUCUUGUUGGCUGGUCCUCACUACAUAUUCGUCGCCAAACCCACUGGCUCCAGGUCAUCUAUAAAUCUCUGCUAGGCAAAUCCCCGCCUUAUCUUAGCUCAUUGGUCACCAUAGCAACACCCACCCGUAGUAUGCGCUUCAGCAGGUAUAUCUCACUGGUCAUCCCCAAAGCCAACACCUCCUUUGGCCGCCAUUCCUUCCAGUUCUCUGCUGCCAAUGACUGGAACGAACUGCAAAAAUCUCUGAAGCUGGAGACUCUUAUCUCCCUCACUAACUUUAAGCAUCAGUUGUCAGAGCACCUUACUGAUCACUGCACCUGUACACAGCACAUCUGUAAUUAGCCCACCCAACUACCUCAUCCCCAUAUUGUUAUUUAUUUUGCUCAUUUGCACCCCAGUAUCUCUAUUUGCACAUUCAUCUCUUGCACAUCUAUCAUUCUAGUGUUAAUACUAAAUUGUAAUUACUUUGCACUAUGGCCUAUUUAUUGCCUUACCUCCAUAACUUGCUACAUUUGCACACUGUAUAUAUAUUUUCUGUUGUAUUUUUAACUUUAUGUUUUGUUUACCCCAUAUGUAACUCUGUGUUGUUGUUUUUUAUCGCACUGCUUUGCUUUAUCUUGGCCAGGUCGCAGUUGUAAAUGAGAACUUGUUCUCAACUGGUUUACCUGGUUAAAUAAAGGUUAAAUAAAAAAUAAUAAAAAAAAUUGUUAAACACAUCAACAUAUAUUUGAUAUUUUAGAUUCUUCAAAGUAGCCACCCUUUGCCUUGAUGACAGCUUUGCACAAGUUUGGCAUUCUCUCAACCAGCUUCACCUGGAAUGCUUUGCCAACAGUCUUGAAGGAGUUCCCACAUAUGCUGAGCACUUGUUGGCUGCUUUUCCUUCACUCUGCGGUCCAACUCAUCCCAAACCAUCUCAAUUGGGAUUGAGGUCGGGGGAUUGUGGAGGCCAGGUCAUCUGAUGCAGCAAUCCAUCACCCUCCUUCUUGGUAAAAUAGCCCUUACACAGCCUGGAGGUGUGUUGGGUCAUUGUCCUGUUGAAAAACAAAUGAUAGUCCCACUAAGCCCAAACCAGAUGGCAUGGCGUAUCGCUGCAGAAUGCUGUGGUAGCCAUGCUGGUUAAGUGUGCCUUGAGUUCUAAAUAAAUCACAGACAGUGUCACCAGCAAAGCACCCCCACACCAUAACACCUCCUCCUCCAUGCUUUACGGUGGGAAAUACACAUGCAGAGAUCAUCUGUUCACCCACACCGCGUCUCACAAAGCCACGGCGGUUGGAACCAAAAAUCUCCAAAUUUGGACUCAUCAGACCAAAGGACAGAUUUCCACCGGUCUAAUGUCCAUUGCUCAUGUUUCUUGGCCCAAGCAAGUCUCUUCUUCUUAUUGUUGUCCUUUAGUAGUGGUUUCUUUGCAGCAAUUCGACCAUGAAGGCCUGAUUCACACAGGCUCCUUGAACAGAUGUUGAGAUGUGUCUGUUACUUGAACUCUAUGAAGCAUUUAUUUGGGCUGCAAUUUCUGAGGCUGGUAACUCUAAUGAACUUAUGCUCUGCAGCAGAGGUAACUCUGGGUCUUCCAUUCCUGUGGCGGUCCUCAUGAGAGUUUCAUCAUAGUGCGACUGCACUUGAAGAAACUUUCAAAGUUCUUGAAACUUUCCGUAUUGACUGACCUUCAUGUCUUAAAGUAAUGAUGGACUGCUGUUUCUCUUUGCUUAUUUGAGCUGUUCUUGCCAUAAUAUAAACUUGGUCUUUUACCAAAUAGGGCUAUCUUCUGUAUACCAACCCUACCUUGUCACAACACAACUGAUUGGCUCAAACGCAUUAAGAAGGAAAGAAAUUCCACAAAUUAACUUUUAACAAGACACACCUGUUAAUUGAAAUGCAUUCCCGGUGACUACCUCAUGAAGAUGGUUGAGAGAAUGCCAAGAGUGUGCAAAGCUGUCAUCAAGGCAAAGGGUGGCUACUUUGAAGAAUCUCAAAUAUAAAAUAUAUUUUGAUUUGUUUAACAGUUUUUUAGUUACUACAUGAUUCCAUGUGUUAUUUCAUAGUUUUGAUGUCUUCACUAUUAUUCUACAAUGUAGAAAAUAGUAAAAAUAAAGGAAAACCCUGGAAUGAGUAGGUGUGUCCAAACUUUUGACUGGUACUGUAUAUAAUAUGUAUAUAAUAUUUUCAGCAAACUUAACAUGUGUAAAUAUUUGUAUGAACAUGACAAGAUUCAACAACUGAGAAAUAAACUGAACAAGUUCCACAGACAUGUUGCUAACAUACAUUGAAUAAUGUGUCCCUGAACAAAGGGGGGGUCAAAAGUAACAGUCAGUAUCUGGUGUGGCCACCAGCUGCAUUAAGUACUGCAGUGCAUCUCCUCCUCAUGGACUGCACCAGAUUUGCCAGUUCUUGCUGUGAGAUGUUACCCCACUCUUCCACCAAGGCACCUGCAAGUUCCUGGACAUUUCUGGGGGGAAUGGCCCUAGCCCUCACCCGCCGAUCCAACAGGUCCCAGACGUGCUCAAUGGGAUUGAGAUCCGGGCUCUUCGCUGGCCAUGGCAGAACACUGACAUUCCUGUCUUGCAGGAAAUCACACACAGAACGAGCAGUAUGGCUGGUGGCAUUGUCAUGCUGGAGGGUCAUGUCAGGAUGAGCCUGCAGGAAGGGUACCACAUGAGGGAGGAGGAUGUCUUCCCUGUAACGCACAGCGGUGAGAUUGCCUGCAAUGACAACAAGCUCAGUCCGAUGAUGCUGUGACACACCGCCCCAGACCAUGACGGACCCUCCACCUCCAAAUAAUCCCGCUCCAGAGUACAGGCAUCGGGGUAACGCUCAUUCCAUCAAAGAUGAACGCGAAUCCGACCAUUACCCCUGGUGAGACAAAACCGCGACUCGUCAGUGAAGAGCACUUUUUGCCAGUCAUGUCUGGUCCAGCGACGGUGGGUUUGUGCCCAUAGGCAACGUUGUUGCCGGUGAUGUCUGGUGAGGACCUGCCUUACAACAGGCCUACAAGCCCUCAGUCCAGCCUCUCUCAGCCUAUUGCAGACAGUCUGAGCACUGAUGGAGGGAUUGUGCGUUCCUGGUGUAACUUGGGCAGUUGUUGUUGCCAUCCUGUACCUGUCCCGCAGGUGUGAUGUUCGGAUGUACCGAUUCUGUGCAGGUGUUGUUACACGUGGUCUGCCACUGCGAGGACGAUCAGCUGUCCGUCGUGUCUCCCUGUAGUGCUGUCUUAGGCGUCUCACAGUACGGACAUUGCAAUUUAUUGCCCUGGCCACAUCUGCAGUCCUCAUGCCUCCUUGCAGCAUGCCUAAGGCACGUUCACGCAGAUGAGCAGGGACCCUGGGCAUCUUUCUUUUGGUGUUUUUCAGAGUCAGUAGAAAGGCCUCUUUAGUGUCCUAAGUUUUCAUAACUGUGACCUUAAUUGCCUACCGUCUGUAAGCUUUCAGUGUCUUAACGACUGUUCCACAGGUGCAUGUUCAUUAAUUGUUUAUGGUUCAUUGAACAAGCAUGGGAAACAGUGUUUAAACCCUUUACAAUGAAGAUCUGUGAAGUUAUUUUGAUGUUUACGAAUUAUCUUUGAAAUACUUUUUUUGCUGAGUUUAUAUUAUAUUACAGUUAAAGAACACAGAGAUGACAAUAGAAUUAGUACAUCCAAGACAGAACAAACAGUCCAAGUUGACUCCAUCUCUUGUUGUACUGUAUAGUUCAGACCACCGUGUUUUGUGGUGAGGGGAGGUGCAGUAUGGUCCGACAGGGGUGUGUGUGUGUGUGUGGCUGCCCCACUCCUGACGGUGUGUGUCCCCUGCUGUGGAUCCCCCAGUGGUGUCUGGGCUUCCAUCCAUCAUCAUUAGAGAGGGACUGGCACGGCAAUGCCCCCCUAGCAGAUGGGUCAUUAUUACGGACACACACCAUGGACACCCAAGGACUUACUCAAUUCAAUUGAAGUCACUCAAUUCAGAAUUCAGAUUUGAAUUUUUUUUUUUUUUUGAAAAUGAACAACUUUUUAAAUAAGUAGCUUCUCCUUUUCAGUUUAUCAAGUCAUUUUUCUAUUAUUUAAUUCGAUUCGAAUUGGACCCCAACCCUGCACUGUAUACUGUCAUCACAAAGGUCAACACAGUACUGACCACUACAUACCUGGCAUGUAGGAUUUGAUGUGCUGGCUGAAGGUAUUCUGCUGUGAAAUGUAGACAGUGGCAGUCUUUAGUUGGUCUCUAAAGAGUUAGCAGCAGAUGUCUAUAAACAGAAGCUGCACACACAGCGACCACAUUCAUUCUCCCAGACAUCAUUAUUCCUCACUGCUUCGAAUGUGUUUGCCCACCAAAGAGGUGUGUGUGUGUGUGUGUGUGUGUGUGUGUGUGUGUGUGUGUGUGUGUGUGUGUGUGUGUGUGUGUGUGUGUGUGUGUGUGUGUGUGUGUGCGUGCGUGCGUGUGUGCGCGCGCUGUGUUUAUAUGUGUGUGUGCUUGCUUAGUGUACAGAUUUUCCUCUUGAGUGUAUGUUUGCUUACUUUGUGUGCAGCUUGGUUUCUCAGAGUGCCUGUUUGUGUGUAGGUGUGUCCGUGUAUCUAACAUCAGUCUUGUGGACUCUAAUGGUUGCUAAAUCAUGUAGCAGUGUGGAGGACAUGUGGGACAUGGUUCCUGGGCAGGGUGAAAGGGCCAGUAUGGGGAGGAGGACUUCAGUCUAAUGGCUCACUCCACUCCCCUCACUGCAACCUAGGGAUGCGUCCCAAAUGGCACCUUAUUUCCUAGAUAGUGCACUACUUUUGACCAGGCCCUGGUAAAAAAUAGUACAAUGGGAAUAUGAUGGCAUUUGGGACGCAUCUCUACUAAUGUCUAACCAGAGGCAGGUUACUCUUCUUCCAACAUCCCUCUCUCCGUCUCCAUCUCCGGCCGCUGUGGUUGUUCAUCUUCAUAAUUGAGUCUUCAUCUACUUUUCUCACCUCUGCAGUCCUCACGUCUGCUGUCCUCACCUCUGCAGUCCUCACCUCUGCAGUCCUCACCUCUGCUGUCCUCACCUCUGCAGUCCUCACCUCUGCAGUCCUCAACACUGCCGUUCUAACCUCUUCUGUCCUCACCUCUGCUGUCCUCACCUCUGCAGUCCUCACCUCUGCAGUCCUCAGCUGGAAAGGGCUCAGAUGGCAUCCAAAUCCACCGAGCUGCUCUAUCUUCCCCUCUCCCUCUCGGGAUAAACCAAUAACUCUUUGUUCUCUCUCGCUCGCUCUCGCUCUCUGUCUUUGUCUGUCUGUAGGGAGUGCCAGGUCCAGGCCAGUACCACAUCAGGAGUCAGUUUGAGAAGCUGAGCAGCCCGUACGGCAAUCUACCUGUCUUCAGCCCUCCUUUCCUCUCUCAGGCGCAGGUACAGUAAACACAACACACCAUCCUGAAACACAACACAUCAUCCUGAAACACAACACACCAUCCUGAAACACAUGAAACACAACACACCAUCCUGAAACACAACACACCAUCCUGAAACACAACACACCAUCCUGAAACACAACACACCAUCCUGAAACACAACACACCAUCCUGAAACACAACACACCAUCCUGAAACACAACAGACCAUCUUGAAACACAACAAACCAUCCUGAAACACAACAAUCCAUCCUGAAACAAAACAGACCAUCCUAAAACACAACACACCAUCCUGAAACACAACACCAUCCUGAAACACAACACACCAUCCUGAAACAUAACACACCAUCCUGAAACACAACACCGCCAUCCUAAAACACAACAGGAUGCCAACCUUGGAAAAGUAAUUUUAAUUUCUAUACUCUCCUCUAUUAUGCAAUCUUAUAGCCAUACCAACUAUGUCAGUAUCAACCAUCAGAAAGGGCCUGCAACCGCCUAUUGAUCAUAGCUGGUUUGAUUUGGAGACUCCAUGUGAAUUUAAAAUGUGUAAAAGGACUUGUGUUGAUACAUCUGAACAUUAGGAGCUUACUUCCUGAACUGGAUUACAUUAAGAUCCUGGCUAUGCAGACGAAUCUGGACAUUCAGGUAUUGACUGAAAUGUGGAUCUCUGGGGACAUUCUGGACUCUGAUAUUAAUAUUGUCAGCGUCUGGGUGAAGUGGGGAAACGGAAUCAGGCGCAGGACACAGAACUGAGAGAUGAAUGGCUUUACUAGACUCAAAGUAAACCAUAGCAAACCCUCCACGCAGGGAAGAGCAAAACAACAGCUCAACAGACGACGUAACAAAGAACAAUCACGCACACCCCCAGGAGGGAAAACAGAGGUAAUAUAGGGAAACUAAUAAGCCUAAUGAGUAACAGGUGUGAAAAAUAAAGACAGAACUAGUGAGACACAGAAACAUCGAUCGGUGGCAGCUACUACUCCGGUGACGACGACCGCCGAAGCCUGCCCGAGCGAGGAGGAGGGGCAGCCUCGGCCGUAUCCGUGACAGUACCCCCCCCCCCCCCCUUUGACGCGCGGCUCCAGCCGUGCGUCGACACCGGCCUCGGGGACGGCCAGGAGGACGCGGAGCAGGGCGAGUCGGAUGACGACGAUGGAACUCCCUUAACAAGGAGGGAUCGAGGAUGUCCCUCCUGGGAACCCAGCUCCGUUCCUCCGGACCGUACCCCUCCCACUCCACGAGAUACUGCAGGCCUCCAACCCGACGCCUCAAAUCCAUGAUGGAACGGACCGAGUACGCCGGUGCCCCCUCAAUGUCCAAUGGGGGCGGAGGAACCUCCCGCACUUCGGACUCCUGGAGCGGACCAGCUACCACCGGCCUGAGGAGAGACACAUGGAACGAGGGGUUAAUACGGUAAUCAGGGGGGAGCUGUAACCUAUAAUAAACCUCGUUCAACCUCCUCAGGACUUUAAAGGGCCCCACAAACCGCCGACCCAGCUUCCGGCAGGGCAGGCGAAGGGGCAGGUUUCGGGUCGAGAGCCAGACCCGGUCCCCCGGUGCAUAAACCGGAGCCUCACUGCGGUGGCGGUCGGCACUCGCCUUCUGUCUCCUAAUCGCCCUUUGCAGGCGUACAUGGGCAGCGUUCCAUGUUUCCUCCGAGCGCCGAAACCAUUCAUCCACCGCAGGAACCUCGAUCUGGCUCUGAUGCCACGGUGCCAGGACCGGCUGGUAACCUAGUACACACUGAAAAGGAGACAGGUCAGUGGAGGAGUGGCGGAGGGAAUUUUGUGCCAUCUCUGCCCAGGGGAUGUAAACUGACCAAUCCCCCUGCCGGUCCUGGCAAUACGACCUCAGAAACCUACCCACAUCCUGGUUUACUCUCUCCACCUGCCCAUUACUCUCGGGGUGAAAACCUGAGGUCAGGCUGACCGAGACCCCCAGAUGGUCCAUAAACGCCUUCCAGACCCUUGACGUGAACUGGGGACCCCGAUCAGACACUAUAUCCUCAGGCACCCCGUAGUGCCGGAAGACGUGUGUAAACAGGGCCUCUGCGGUCUGUAGGGCAGUAGGGAGACCGGGCAAAGGAAUGAGACGACAGAACUUAGAAAACCGAUCCACAACGACCAGGAUCGUGGUGUUACCCUGUGACGGAGGAAGAUCCGUAACAAAGUCCACCGAUAGGUGUGACCACGGCCGCUGUGGAACGGGGAGAGGUUGUAAUUUACCACUGGGCAGGUGUAUAGGUGCCUUGCACUGGGCACACACCGAACAGGAAGAAACAUAAACCCUCACGUCCUGAGCUAAGGUAGGCCACCAGUACUUCCCACUAAGACAGCGCACUGUCCGACCAAUGCCAGGAUGGCCAGAAGAGAGUGACGUGUAAGCCCAAUAAAUCAAACGAUCGCGAACCUCGGACGGAACAUACGCACGACCCACUGGACACUGGGGGGGGAGUGGGCUCCGUGCGUAAUGCCCGCUCGGUGUCCGCGUCAACCUCCCAUAACACCGGUGCCACCAGACAAGAAGCCGGAAGUAUGGGAGUAGGCUCCCUGGUCCGAUCCUCUGAGGCAUAUAGCCGGGACAGAGCGUCUGCCUUACCAUUCUGGGAACCUGGUCUAUAUGAUAGGGUGAACACAAAACGCGUGAAAAACAUGGCCCACCUUGCCUGACGAGGAUUCAGUCUCCUCGCUGCCCGAAUGUACUCCAGAUUGCGGUGGUCAGUCAAAAUGAGAAAAGGGUGUUUAGCCCCCUCAAGCCAAUGUCUCCACACCUUAAGAGCUUUCACAACAGCUAACAGCUCCCGAUCCCCCACGUCAUAGUUUUUCUCCGCCGGGCUGAGCUUCUUCGAGAAGAAAGCACAGGGGCGGAGUUUGGGAGGCGUACCCGAGCGCUGAGACAGUACAUCUCCUAUCCCCGCCUCGGCGCGUCCACCUCGACUAUGAAUUGCAAGGAAGGAUCCGGAUGAGCCAGCACGGGAGCCGUGGUGAACAGCGCCUUCAGCUGACCAAAAGCCCUGUUCGCCUCAGCUGACCACUGCAGGCGCACCGAUCCGCCCUUUAGCAAAGAGGUUAUGGGAGCUGCUACCUGGCCAAAGCCCCGGAUAAAUCUCCGGUAGUAGUUGGCAAAACCCAAAAAUCGCUGCACCUCCUUUACCGUGGUAGGUAAAGCAACUGAGGACUCAUUGUGUAAGACAAAUCAGAAAGGCUAAAUCUGAUUAUUAUGUAACCGCUCUUUCGGAUUGUAAUGGGAACCAACCAAAAUUCUGGAUAACUGUCAAAUCCCUGAAGGGUUCUACUUCCUCCUCUCUGCCACAACAAAUUCAGACACUGGCCUCAUUAUGGGAAAAAAAUCCAUUAUUAAUGCAUUUAAUCACCAUUUUAUUUCAGCGGGCUAUCUCUUUGGAAGAACUUCUAAGCCUAUUCACAAUUAUGUUGGGCUGGAUGCUGAUAGGGGGAACUUGCUGAAUGAUCAGAGAAAUUAUAGUCAAAGCUUUUCUUUUAGGCUAUUUACAGAAAGUCCUGGAUGCUUUGCUAGCAAUAGACAACAAGAAAUCCACAUUUCAAGAACUUUGAAAGUUUCUUAAAGUUCAGUCGCAAAAACCAUCAAGCGCUAUGAUGAAACUGUCUCUCAUGACGACCGCCACAGGAAUGGAAGACCCAAAGUUACCUCUGCUGCAGAGGAUACGUUUAUUAGAGUUACCAACCUCAGAAAUUGCAGCCCAAAUAAAUGCUUCAUAGAGUUCAAGUAACAGACACAUCUCAACAUCAACUGUUCAGAGGAGACUGUGUGAAUCAGGCCUUCAUGGUCGAUUUGCUGCAAAGAAACCACUACUAAAGGACACCAAUAAUAACAAGAGACUUGCUUGGGCCAAAAAACACGAGAAAUGGACAUUAGACCGGUGGUAAUUUGUCCUUUGGUCUGGAGUCCAAAUUGGAGAUUUUUGGUUCCAACCGCUGUGGCUUUGUGAGACGCGGUGUGGGUAAACAGAUGAUCUCCGCAUGUGUAUUUCCCACCGUAAAAGCAUAGAGGAGGAGGUGUUAGGGUGUGGGGGUGCUUUGCUGGUGACACUGUCUGUGAUUUAUUUAGAAUUCAAGGCACACUUAACCAGCAUGGCUACCGCAGCAUUCUGCAGCGAUACGCCAUCCCAUCUGGUUUGGGCUUAGUGGGACUAUCAUUUGUUUUUCAACAGGACAAUGACCCAACACACCUCCAGGCUGUGUAAGGGCUAUUUUACCAAGAAGGAGAGUGAUGGAGUGCUGCAUCAGAUGACCUGGCAUCCACAAUCCCCCGACCUCAACCCAAUUGAGAUGGUUUGGGGUGAGUCGGACAGCAGAGUGAAGAAAAGCAGCCAACAAGUGCUCAGCAUAUGUGGGAACUCCUUCAAGACUGUUGGAAAAGCAUUCCAGGUGAAGCUGGUUGAGAGAAUGCCAAGAGUGUGCAAAGCUGUCAUCAAGGCAAAGGGUGGCUAUUUGAAGAAUCUAAAAUAUAAAAUAUAUUUUGAUUUGUUUAACACUGUUUUGGUUACUACAUGAUUCCAUAUGUGUUAUUUCAUAGUUUUGAUGUCUUCACUAUUAUUCUAAAAUGUAGAAAAUAGUAAAAAUAAAGAAAAACCCUUGAAUGAGUAGGUGUUCUAAAACAUUUGACCGGUAGUGUAUAUACUUAUUUUGACCAGGCUCUGGUAGUGUAGUAAAGUAGUACUAUAUAGGGAAUAGGGUGCCAUUUUGAACUUAGACAUCAGAUGAAUUCCUUGUUGGAUUGGGAAGAGCUCAGAUUGCUACAGCAACUCACUGUAUUGCAGCAGAACUCAUGUGGAGAGCUAGACUCAAAGAAACUCCUGACAUAUGUCUUAAUUAACACUCUCUCAGCCUCCACACACACACACACACACACACACACACACACACACACACACACACACACACACACACACACACACACACACACACACACACACACACACACACACACACACACACACAUUUCUCCAAUACACAUUCCACUGGGGUACAAAUCAGCUCCACCUGCAUAUAAAACACUUCUAUAGUUUCUGAUGAGUGACAGACAGGUUGGAGCUGACAGACGGUUUUCUUUCUGGCCUCUACAGAGCGGGUGUAAGGGGGAGUUAGUGCGAGUUAGUGUGAGUUAACGAAAGUUAGUGCAAGUGAGUUAGUAGGAAUAAGUGGGAGUGAGUGCAAGUUAGUUAGUGGGAAUUAAUGGGAGUUAGCUGGAGUUAGUGCAAGUUAGUUAGCUGGGAGUUAGCGGAAGUUAUCAGGGAGUUAGUUAGCAGGAGUUAGUGGGCGUUAGGAGAACAAAGCAGAGCAGAGCAGAGCAGAGGAGAGGAGAGGAGAGCAGAGGAGAGCAGAGGAGAGGAGAGGAGAGGAGAGGAGCUGGUUUCUAUUGCCCCACAAUGCGUCAGCAUGCCGCUCUGCCCUGUGAAGUCGUCUCUCUAGGUCUCUCAGCUAGGACGCUCAGCCUCAGCCUCAGUCCACGCCAUCUGACACUCUCCUCCAGAAGAAGGAGGGGGGAUGAGAGGAGCAGCUGGAGCCCACCCUCUCCUCUCCUCUCCUCUCCUCUCCUCUCCUCUCCUCUCCUCCUCUCCUCUCCUCUCCUCUCCUCUCCUCUCCUCUCUCUCUCUCUCUCCUCUUCCUCUCCUCUCCUCUCUUCUCUUCUCUUCUCUUCUCUUCUUUUCUCUUUUCUUCUCUUCUCUUCUCUUCUCUUCUCUUCUCUUCUCUUCUCUUCUCUUCUCUUCUCUUCUCUUCUCUUCUCUUCUACUUCUCUUCUCUUCUCUUCUUUCCUUCUUCCUCCUCUCCUCUCCGAUCUCCUCUCCUCUCCUCUCCCUCCCUCCUCUCCUUCUCCUCUCCUCUCCUCUCCUCUCCUCUCCUCUUCCUCCUCUCCUCUCCUCUCCUCUCCUCUCCUCUCCUCUCCUCUCACCUCAGGAGCCCUGUGUGCUGUAGACAGCCUCAAUUUCCCCACAUGAGUUAAUGUAGCACUUUAUACAAUCUGGCAUAUUCAGCCUUGCUUGCAUCCUGACUGAACUCUCCCUCCCUCCUCCCUCCCUCCCUCCCUCCCUCCCUCCCUCCCUCCCUCCCUCCCCUCCCUCCCUCUGUAAGAGCUCAUAAUAAGCAUUACUACCAUGGCUUACUCUGUAAAACAACACAUUUCACUACACCUAUCUGGUGUAUGUGACAAUAAAAUAUUAUUAUCGUUUUAUGUACACAUGCUCUCUUUAUAAUCGAUCCCCUCUUUUCGUUUGCCACCUUGCAUAAAUGGGAAUGUACAAACCGACCGCAGUGUUUGGUGUGGAAGGAAAGGUAGGUCUCUCCUACAGCUGAUCUAACCUAGCCAUGCUGAUCUAACCUAGCCAUGCUGAUCUAACCUAGCCAUGCUGAUCUAACCUAGCUAUGCUGAUCUAACCUAGCCAUGCUGAUCUAACCUAGCCAUGCUGAUCUAACCUAGCCAUGGUGAUCUAACCUAGCCAUGCUGAGCUAACCUAGCCAUGCUGAUCUAACCUAGCUAUGCUGAUCUAACCAUGCUGAUCUAACCUAGCCAUGCUGAUCUAACCUAGCCAUGCUGAUCUAACCUAACCAUGCUGAUCUAACCAUGCUGAUCUAACCUAGCCAUGGUGAUCUAACCUAGCCAUGCUGAGCUAACCUAGCCAUGCUGAUCUAACCUAGCUAUGCUGAUCUAACCAUGCUGAUCUAACCUAGCCAUGCUGAUCUAACCUAGCCAUGCUGAUCUAACCAUGCUGAUCUAACCUAGCCAUGGUGAUCUAACCUAGCCAUGCUGAGCUAACCUAGCCAUGCUGAUCUAACCUAGCUAUGCUGAUCUAACCAUGCUGAUCUAACCUAGCCAUGCUGAUCUAACCUAGCCAUGCUGAUCUAACCCUGCUGAUCUAACCUAGCCAUGCUGAUCUAACCUAACCAUGCUGAUCUAACCUAACCAUGCUGAUCUAACCAUGCUGAUCUAACCUAGCCAUGCUGAUCUAACCAUGCUGAUCUAACCAUGCUGAUCUAAGCCAUGCUGAUCUAACCAUGCUGAUCUAACCUAGCCAUGCUGAUCUAACCUAGCCAUGCUGAUCUAACCAUGCUGAUCUAACCUAGCCAUGCUGAUCUAACCUAGCCAUGCUGAUCUAACCAUGCUGAUCUAACCUAGCCAUGCUGAUCUAACCAUGCUGAUCUAACCUAACCAUGCUGAUCUAACCUAGCCAUGCUGAUCUAACCAUGCUGAUCUAACCAUGCUGAUCUAACCUAGCCAUGCUGAUCUAACCAUGCUGAUCUAACCUAGCCAUGCUGAUCUAACCAUGCUGAUCUAACCUAGCCAUGCUGAGCUAACCUAGCCAUGCUGAUCUAACCAUGCUGAUCUAACCAUGCUGAUCUAACCUAGCCAUGUAGAAGUGUUCGCUAGAGGACAGGGGAGUGUCCUUGUGUUAGUGGGGAGACUGGGCUUCUCAGAGUCAACACACCUGCACUUUUCAACGCCAAAUCAUCCUCCAAGGCUGAGGAGCGAGAGAGAUAUGAAGUCUGUUAAACAAGUGGACCUUCAUGUCUAUAAGAAUGUUACUUACUCACCAUGACCCUUGGUCUUUUUUCCUCGUCUGUCUAUUCUGAUCUGUGGACUUGUCAGGUGUGUAGUUACGGUAGAUAGUAGAUGAUGCAGAUGGCAUUGUAGCCUGGGUACCAGGAUGUUUGUGCCAUCAUGCCACUCCUUUUCAUGCCAAACAUGAUAGCACAAACAUACUGAUACCCAGGCUAGCAGUAUUGUGAGUGGAUGACAUGACUGUUUGGUGUCCCCUGUCUGUCUGUCUGUCUGUCUGUCUGUCUGUCUGUCUGUCUGUCUGUCUGUCUGUCUGUCUGUCUGUCUGUCUGUCUGUCUGUCUGUCUGUCUGUCUGUCUGUCUGUCUGUCUGUCUGUCUGUCUGUCUGUCUGUCUGUCUGUCUGUCUGUCUGUCUGUCUGUCUGUCUGUCUGUCUGUCUCUCUGUCUGUCUGUCUGUCUGUCUGUCCCUCCCUCUCAGCGGUUCAGUCCUGUGAAGGAACUGGCUCCUCCUGUAGGCAUGUACAAUGACCCGCGCUGCGCUCUGGAGAUCCUCAAGAAGACCACCGGGCUGCUGAGAAACCCCUUUGGCCUGACUGCUGUUCGGUUCCUUCCUGACAGCCGGAAACAGUCCACUCCAGGUGUGUGUGUGUUUGUGUGUGUGUUUGUGUAUAAUAUACACUACCGUUCAAAAGUUUGGGGUCACUUAGAAAUGUCCUUGUUUUCGACAGAAAAAGCAUUUUUUUUGUCCAUUAAAAUAACAUCAAAUUGAUCAGAAAUACAGUGUAGUCAUAGUUAAUGUUGUAAAUGGUUAUUAUAGCUGGAAACGGCUGAUUUUUUAUGGAAUAUCUACAUAGGCAUACAGAGGCCCAUUAUCAGCAAGCAUCAGUCCUGUGUUCCAAUGGCACGUUGUGUUUGCUAAUCCAAGUUGAUCAUUUUAAAAAGGCUAAUUGAUCAUUAGAAAACCCUUUUGCAAUUAUGUUAGCACAGCUGAAAACUGUUGUGCUGAUUAAAGAAGCAAUAAAACUGGCCUUCUUGAGACUAGUUGAGUGUCUGGAGCAUCAGCAAUUGUGGGUUCGAUUACAGGCUCAAAAUGGCCAGAAACAAAUAACUUUCUUCUGAAACUAAUCAGUCUCUUCUUGUUCUGAGAAAUGAAGGGUAUUCCACGCGAGAAAUUGCCAAGAAACUGAAGAUCUCGUACAACGCUGUGUGCUACUCCCUUCACAGAACAGCGCAAACUGGCUCUAACCAGAAUAGAAAGAGAAGUGGGAGGCCCCAGUGCACAACUGAGCAAGAGGACAAAUACAUUAGAGUGUCUAGUUUGAGAAACAGACGCCUCACAGAUCCUCAACUGGCAGCUUCAUUAAAUAGUACCCGCAAAACACCAGUCUCAACGUCAACAGUGAAGAGGCGACUCCGGGAUGCUGACCUAGGCAGAGUUGCAAAGAAAAAGCCAUAUCUCAGACUGGUCAAUAAAAAUAAAAGAUUAAGAUGGGCAAAAGAACACAGACACUGGACUUUUUCUUUGCAACUCUGCCUAGGUCAGCAUCCCGGAGUCUUCUCUUCACUGUUGACGUUGAGACUGGUGUUUUGCGGGUACUAUUUAAUGAAGCUGCCAGUUGAGGAUCUGUGAGGCGUCUGUUUCUCAAACUAGACACUCUAAUGUAUUUGUCCUCUUGCUCAGUUGUGCACUGGGGCCUCCCACUUCUCUUUCUAUUCUGGUUAGAGCCAGUUUGCGCUGUUCUGUGAAGGGAGUAGCACACAGCGUUGUACGAGAUCUUCAGUUUCUCGCAUGGAAUAGCCUUCAUUUCUCAGAACAAGAAAAGACUGACGAGUUUCAGAAGAAAGUUCUUUGUUUCUGGCCAUUUUGAUCCUGUAAUCAAACCCCCAAUUGCUGAUGCUCUAGAUACUCAACUAGUCUCAAGAAGGCCAGUUUUAUUGCUUCUUUAAUCAGCACAACAGUUUUCAGCUGUGCUAACAUAAUUGCAAAAGGGUUCUCUAAUGGUCAAUUAGCCUUUUAAAAUGAUGGUUGCUUAAAAUGGGCCUCUGUACGCCUAUGUAGAUAUUCCAUUAAAAAUCAGCCGUUUCCAGCUACAAUAGCCAUUUACAACAUUAACAAUGUCUACACUGUAUUUCUGAUUAAUUUGAUGUUAUUUUAAUGGACCAAAAAAAUUGCUUUUCUUUCGAAAACAAGGACAUUUCUAAGUGACCCCAAACUUUUGAACGGCAGUGUAUACAUCCACAACACACACCUCUCAAACACACCCCGUUACUCACAUCGCUGACCCAGUGUGUGUUUAUGUACUUAACAGCCGGCCGGAUGUUUUACGGCUGGUACAUGAUGACUGUACAUCAUCUAGAAAUACUGCCGUUUGCCAAGUGCAUAAAUGCCCGGCAUAGAUAGGUGGAUAAAGGUAGUUUCAGUGAUGACUGAAACGUCAAUACAUGUGAAGUAGAGCUUUUAUGUAUUUUAGUGUUAGUGUGUGUACAGGGAGAGAUUUAAUGUAUCAAGGUAGGCGCAGGGUAUCGAACAGUCAUUCCCCCACAUUUAUCAAUUUACUGCCCCUCUUACACACACAUAAACACAGUCCCCACCCCCACCUGUGUUAAUGCUCUGCUCUGCUCCCACAUCAGGUCCUGGUGCCUAUAAUAUGUUUGAAUAUGGCCUGGCCCAGGACAGCAUAAAAAAAGCUUACCUAGAGUCCACCAGAAAGGGAGGCUUUGGCUCGACGGCCCAACGCAGUCUCGUGUUCCACAACAAUGAAGAGGUCCCUGGGCCUGGCCAGUACAAGGUAGGGCUUGCUCUCAGCACUGCUAGAAAGACCCAGAGUGAGCUAGAACCAUGGCAUUAUUACAGAGCUCAGCAAACACUCUCAUCUCCUGUGUGUGUGUGUGCGUGCAUGUGUGUGUGUGUGUGUGUGUGUGUGUGUGUGUGUGUGUGUGUGUGUGUGUGUAGGUGGAAAAGAAGACGGAGGAGCUGUAUAAGAAGCAGCACACAGCAGCGUUCAAGUCAGCCACAGAACGACUGGGCAUAUCCCUGGUGGCUAAAGUAAGACUACGGGGCUUUGCCUGAUCACGCAUGCUGUGAUACAGCUGUUUAGAACAUGCAUCAACUCAGCAUGCGAACUAAGGAGAGUAUCAACAACGUACAGUCAGAAUGCUUCUUUCACAAUAGAUACUCCACCUUCCCUCAGAACGGCAUUCUCUAGUCUGCUAAGGAAGUCUCACCUGUGGAAACCUGUAUAUACACACACACACAUCCACUGAAGCUCUGCGCUGCUGUUAGUGAUAGUGUGUGUGUGUGUGUAUGUGUGUGUGUAUGUGUGUGUGUGUGUGUGUGUGUGUGUGUGUGUGUGUGUGCAGCAGUUCAGUGGGAGUAAUAAGCCUGGGUUUAAGUUGGCCUCUAUAAAUAGUGCCUCUCAGCUGGCAGCAUGUGUCCCAGGGUGUCCUGAGGCUCAGCCAGAGCACGAUGCUCCCUCUGUCAACACUGACAAUUUAUUCCAUGCACAACGCCGCCCCCCAUUACCCCCAUAUUGAUAAAUUCCGGACCAUCAUAAAACGAGAGGUGUAAUUAAUUUCUCUCCCAGCAAGUUGCUUCUCUUAUUAAUCACCUUUAACAGCCGUAUGUUGCCUCCCAAAUGGCACCCUAUUCCCUGUGUUGUGCACUACAUUUGACCAGAGACAAGGGUGCCAUUUGGGAUUCCUCCAUUAACAUAGCAGCCUUACAGGGGAGGUGAGGGGUGAGGCAGGGCGUCAUAUUGAGCCAAGUCUCACUAAUGGUCCCGAAGUGCACUGACAGAGGCAGAAAGUUUUGGGGAAUUUGUAGUUUGAUAGGAAUGCUUAUUGUGUGGUUUGGUGGGUUUCUAGGCCUAGACAAGAGUCAGAAGUAUGCAUAUUUUAAGCUGUACAGAACUGGGUCCAAUACUAUUUGAAACCUUUUCAAAUACUUUGAGCAUUUUAUCUCGCCUCCCUGGAGUGCUACACGGGCGGGGUUUCCGUUUUGUGACUAUUCUAUUGGUCAAUUAAGCCAUGCGAGCUCAAACAAGCACAUAUAAAGUAUUUGAAAUUAUUUCAAAUAGUAUUUGAACCCAGGUCUUAAGCUGUUUGGGUGAAUAAUAUGAAGGUAUGCAUGUCAGUCAGGGGCACUUUGAGCUUCGCUGAUUGUGAUGGUGAAAGGUGUAGCUCCUCGGUGAACAAUACCAAACUAACAAGGUGUACCUCCUCAGUGAACCAUACCAAACUAACAAGGUGUACCUCCUCAGUGAACCAUACCAAACUAACAAGGUGUACCUCCUCAGUGAACCAUACCAAACUAACAAGGUGUACCUCCUCAGUGAACCAUACCAAACUAACAAGGUGUACCUCCUCAGUGAACCAUACCAAACUAACAAGGUGUACAUCCUCAGUGUCUUAUACAAAUGUGCAUUAAAAAUACUUUUAACUACAGAUGCAGAUGGAUAGACGCGCUCAAAGGUAUUAUGUGGGGGUUUUCUUUGACUAGUAUUGCUAGCCUUAUCCACUAGGUUUGCUGCAGGUAGAAAAUAUUAGGAAAUGUUCAUUAAAUUGACACAAGCUGUCUCCAAUCAGUCAAUCAAUCAAUUUAUCUAUCAAUCAAUGUCUGGUUGUAAGUGAGUGUUUAAAGAGUAACUUUCAUGAAAAAAACGGAUGUAUUAGUUAUAGUUUUAGUGAAACACGUCAAUCCUGGUCUUCAUUUUGACAGUUCGUUUGCAAAUGUUAUAUACCGUGCGUUCGGAAACUAUUCAGACCCCUUCACUUUUUCCACAUUUUGUUACAUUACAGUGUUAUUCGAAAAUGGAUUUAAAAAAUGUUUCCCUCAUCAAUCUACACACAAUACCCCGUAAUGACAAGGCAAAAAUGAUUUUUUAGAUUUUUUUGCAAAUGUAUUAAAAAUUAAAUACGGAAAUAUCACAUUUACUGAAAUAUUCAGACCCUUUACUCAGUACUUUGUUGAAGCACCUUUGGCAGCGAUUACAGCCUUGAGUCUUCUUGGGUAUGACGCUACAAGCUUGGCAGAACUGUAUUUGCGAAGUUUCUCCCAUUCUUCUCUGCAGAUACUCUCAAGCUCUGUCAGGUUGGGUGAGGAGCGUCGCUGCACAGCUAUUUUCAGGUCUCUCCAGAGAUGUUCGAUAGGGUUCAAGUCCGGGCUCUGGCUGGGCCACUCAAGGACAUUCAGACACUUGUCCCGAAGCCACUCCUGCGUUGUCUUGGCUGUGUGCUUAGGGUCGUUGUCCUGUUGGAAGGUGAACCUUUGUCCCAGUCUGAGGUCCUGAGCGCUCUGGAGCAGGUUUUCAUCAAGGAUCUCUCUGUACUUUGCUCCGUUCAUCUUUCCCUCGAUCCUGACUAGUCUCCCAGUCCCUGCCGCUGAAAAACAUCCCCACAGCAUGAUGCUGCCACCACCAUGCUUCACUGUAGGGAUGGUGCCAGGUUUCCUCCAGAUGUGACGCUUGGCAUUCACGCCAAAGAGUUCAAUCUUGGUUUCAUCAGACCAGAUAAUCUUGUUUCUCAUGGUCUGAGAGUCCUUUAGGUGCCUUUUGACAAACUCCAAGCGGGCUGUCAUGUGCUUUUUACUGAGGAGUGGCUUCCGUCUGGCCACUCUACCAUAAAGGCCUGAUUGGUGGAGUGCUGCAGAGAUGGUUGUCUUUCUGGAAGGUUCUCCCAUCUCCACAGAGGAACUCUGGAGCUCUUUCAGAGUGACCAUCGCGGUUCUUGGUCACCUCCCUGACCAAGACCCUUCUCCCCCGAUUGCUCAGUUUGGCCGUGCGGCCAGCUCUAGGAAGAGUCUUGGUGGUUCCAAACUUCUUCCAUUUAAGAAUGAUGGAGGCCACUGUGUUCUUGGGGACCUUUAACGCUGCAGAAAUGUUUUGGUACCCUUCCCCAGAUCUGUGUCUCAACACAAUCCUGUCUCUGAGCUCUACGGACAAUUCCUUCGACCUCAUGGCUUGGUUUCUGCUCUGACAUGCACUGUCAACUGUGGGACCUUAUAUAGACAGGUAUGUGCCUUUCUAAAUCAUGUCCAAUCAAUUGAAUUUACCACAGGUGGACUCCAAUCAAGUUGUAGAAACAUCUCAAGGAUGAUCAAUGGAAACAGGAUGCACCGGAGCUCAAUUUCGAGUCUCAUAGCAAAGGGUCUGAAUACUUAUGUAAACAAUUUCUAAAAACGGUUUUCUCUUUGUCAUUGUAGGGUAUUGGGUGUAGAUUGAUGGGGAAAAUAUUUUAAUUUUAUCCAUUUUUGAAUAAAGCUGUAACGUAACAAAAUGUGGAAAAAGUGAAGGGGUCUGAAUACUUUCCGAAUGCGCUGUAUUUUGGUAUUUCUAAUGGUAAGUCUAUCUCUUUCCCCCUAGCGGUUCAACUCUACCGUUGAAAUUGUGAUGUAGAGGCACCUUGAGAAGGUUCCUUUACGUCAUCUCAAGGGAGGGGUUCGGUAUGAAAUACACUACCUUCUAGAUGUGCUGGGUGGUACCACCUCAAGGCUUACUAUAAAAGCAGGUGACAGUGCGCCUUAUUUGGCAACGGUCUUGUUAAGUGGAGUGUGCCAAUAUAUUUUGCAUGAUGCUUCCUUGACUAGACUACUGACAUUACACAAAAUUCAGUAAGGCACGUAUUUCCACGUAUAACCAAAUUCAAAAUUUCUGCUUACCAUUUCAUCAGCCUGGUCUCAUAGACUAGACGUAACAUAGUAAACUUCACUUCCAAUCCCCCAUAUGUUUUUUUUUCUUGCAAAUAUAUAUAUACAGUGGGGAGAACAAGUAUUUGAUACAUUGCCGAUUUAGCAGGUUUUCCUACUUACAAAGCAUGUAGAAGUCUGUAAUUUUUUAUCAUAGGUACACUUCAACUGUGAGAGACGGAAUCUAAAAACCAGAAAAUCACAUUGUAUGAUUUUUAAGUAAUUGAUUUUCAUUUUAUUGCAUGACAUAAGUAUUUGAUACAUCAGAAAAGCAGAACUUAAUAUUUGGUACAGAAACCUUUGUUUGCAAUUACAGAGAUCAUACGUUUCCUGUAGGUCUUGACCAGGUUUGCACACACUACAGCAGGGAUUUUGGCCCACUCCUCCAUACAGACCUUCUCCAGAUCCUUCAGGUUUUGGGGCUGUCGCUGGGCAAUACAGACUUUCAGCUCCCUCCAAAGAUUUUCUAUUGGGUUCAGGUCUGGAGACUGGCUAGGCCACUCCAGGACCUUGAGAUGCUUCUUACGGAGCCACUCCUUAGUUGCCCUGGCUGUGUGUUUCGGGUCGUUGUCAUGCUGGAAGACCCAGCCACGACCCAUCUUCAAUGCUCUUACUUGUUGGCCAAGAUCUCGCGAUACAUGGCCCAAUCCAUCCUCCCCUCAAUACGGUGCAGUCGUCCUGUCCCCUUUGCAGAAAAGCAUCCCCAAAGAAUGAUGUUUCCACCUCCAUGCUUCACGGUUGGGAUGGUGUUCUUGGGGUAGUACUCAUCCUUCUUCCUCCAAACACGGCGAGUGGAGUUUAGACCAAAAAGCUCUAUUUUUGUCUCAUCAGACCACAUGACCUUCUCCCAUUCCUCCUCUGGAUCAUCCAGAUGGUCAUUGGCAAACUUCAGACGGGCCUGGACAUGUGCUGGCUUGAGCAGGGGGACCUUGUGUGCGCUGCAGGAUUUUAAUCCAUGACGGCGUAGUGUGUUACUAAUGGUUUUCUUUGAAACUGUGGUCCCAGCUCUCUUCAGGUCAUUGACCAGGUCCUGCCGUGUAGUUCUGUGCUGAUCCCUCACCUUCCUCAUGAUCAUUGAUGCCCCACAAGGUGAGAUCUUGCAUGGAGCCCCAGACCGAGGGUGAUUGACCGUCAUCUUGAACUUCUUCAAUUUUCUAAUAAUUGCGCCAACAGUUGUUGCCUUCUCACCAAGCUGCUUGCCUAUUGUCCUGUAGCCCAUCCCAGCCUUGUGCAGGUCUACAAUUUUAUCCCUGAUGUCCUUACACAGCUCUCUGGUCUUGGCCAUUGUGGAGAGGUUGGAGUCUGUUUGAUUGAGUGUGUGGACAGGUGUCUUUUAUACAGGUAACGAGUUCAAACAGGUGCAGUUAAUACAGGUAAUGAGUGGAGAACAGGAGGGCUUUUUAAAGAAAAACUAACAGGUCUGUGAGAGCCGGAAUUCUUACUGGUUGGUAGGUGAUCAGAUACUUAUGUCAUGCAAUAAAAUGCAAAUUAAUUACUUAAAAAUCAUACAAUGUGAUUUUCUGGAUUUUUGUUUUAGAUUCCGUCUCUCACAGUUGAAGUGUACCUAUGAUAAAGAAUUACAGACCUCUACAUGCUUUGUAAGUAGGAAAACCUGCAAAAUCGGCAGUGUAUCAAAUACUUGUUCCCCCCACUGUAUAUAUAUAUAUAUAUUUGCGAGAAAAAAAAACAUAUGGGGGAUUGGAAGUGAUGCAGACAAUUACAUUGAUGGAAGUUAGCUAGCUGGCUAACCUUAACCUUAACCCUUUAACCUAACUCCUGAACUUAACCCUAACCCCUAGCCUAGCUAAUGUUAGCCAGCUAGCUAACAUUAGCCACCUAGCUAGAAUUUGUACUUUUGCAAAUGUUUGUACUUUUGCAAAUUCGUGACAUAUUGUACGUUUUUUGCAAAUUCGUAACAUAUAAUACGAAUUGUAAUUCGUAACAUAUCAUACGAAAUGUGUGAUGGACAUCCACAAAUGAAUACAGCCCCGACCGGGACUCAAACCCUGUUCCAGUGACAGUCAAGCCAACGCCUUUACCAUUACCUAAGGGAAAGGGGUAGUGUAGUGUAGCAACCUUAAACCAACACCUAGUGAACUCAUCAAGAGGUUGGGAUCUCUUGCCGUAUUGGUUAAGGUGUUGGCUUUACAGUCGCUGGACAUAGGUUUGAGUCCUGGUCGGGGCUACCCCCCGAAUUCGCUACGACAUCCUUCCAUGGUUGGUUUCAUUAAUUCUCCCCUUAUACUGCCCCAAAUUGACACAGUUUUAGCUACAAUUGGAGGCAGAUUGUGUCAGUUAAAGAACAUUUCCUAGUAUUUUCUACCUGCAGCAAACCUAGUGGAUAAUGCUGGUAAUACCAGUCAAAGCAAAACCCCACAAAUAGCAACUGGCCCUAAAUGACUACUCAUCUUACAUUUUAGCAGACUCUCUUAUCCAGAGCGACUUACAGUAGUGAGUGCUUACAUUUGCAUACUGGUCCCCCAUGGGAAUCAAACCCACAACCCUGGCGUUGCAAGCGACUGAGCCACACGGGACACAGACUUCUGAUUACAAACAGACGGUCACACAUCAACAGUCAUCCUACACCAUGGCGUGAUUUGUUUGUUUGGGGACUAAAUACAUUGAAUAUUCCAUCAAACAACAUCAUUUGCCAUUUCAUCUCAUAGCCAGUGUUUGACAAUGAAGUCCAAUGAAGGAGGAUUUGAUUUGAUAUGAUGACUAUUUCUUCCCCAUUGUCAGAGAGCGUCCGUGAUUCUGAUGAGACUGGGUAUUUUCCUGUUUACCAUUUCUGUUCCCCUACCUCCCUGCUGUCUUCUCCGACACACAGACACACACACACACGCACACGCACACACACACACACACACGCACACCACACGCACACGCACACACACACACACACACACACACACACACACACACACACACACACACACACACACACACACACACACACAUACACAUACACACACACACACACACACACACACACACACACACACACACACGGUGGGUCUGAACAGAUUCCUGUGUGGAGCUGGAUCUGAGGGAGUUGUAAUAAUGCCACGCUGGGCCUCCUUUAUGGGCAGUUAAUGAAAAACCCUGAGACACCGUGGCAGUUAGCGCCGUGCUGCGGCUCUCCUUGCCCCUGUAUCCCACUGCGAUGGAAAUUAAAAGUGUCUAAUCAGUGUAUAAUCAGGCCGCUUCUAUCAAAGAAGGGACUAUGCGAUGUGGGGAGAAAAAAAAGAGAAAAACCUCAUCUCUCACUAUCCAUUCCCUUUCCUCUGUUCUUCUUAAGCUUGAAUUCAAAAGAGGUCAACAUUUUUUUUUUUUUUUGCAAGACGGAUCGACUGCUUUGAAUAGUUUGUGUAAAAUGAUGGAGAUAGAAUCCGGGCGCUGCAGCAUAACACAGAAAAACAGGUCAGUGUUUAUCCACUUUCUCGUAAUCCUUUUUUGAUAACGCAAUUCAGGAGGACCCUAUUCAGGAGGACCCUAUUCAGGAGGACCUAAUUCAGGAGGACUCUAUUCAGGAGGACCCUAUUCAGGAGGACCCUAUUCAGGAGGACGUAAUUCAGGAGGACUCUAUUCAGGAGGACUCUAUUCAGGAGGACCUAAUUCAGGAGGACUCUAUUCAGGAGGACUCUAUUCAGGAGGACUCUAUUCAGGAGGACCCAAUUCAGGAGGACCCAAUUCAGGAGGACCCUAUUCAGGAGGACCCUAUUCAGGAGGACCUAAUUCAGGAGGACCCUAUUCAGGAGGACUCUAUUCAGGAGGACUCUAUUCAGGAGGACCCUAUUCAGGAGGACUCUAUUCAGGAGGACCCUAUUCAGGAGGACUCUAUUCAGGAGGACCCAAUUCAGGAGGACCCUAUUCAGGAGGACUCUAUUCAGGAGGACCCUAUUCAGGAGGACUCUAUUCAGGAGGACCUAAUUCAGGAGGACUCUAUUCAGGAGGACCCUAUUCAGGAGGACCCUAUUCAGGAGGACCUAAUUCAGGAGGACUCUAUUCAGGAGGACUCUAUUCAGGAGGACCUAAUUCAGGAGGACUCUAUUCAGGAGGACUCUAUUCAGGAGGACUCUAUUCAGGAGGACCCAAUUCAGGAGGACCCAAUUCAGGAGGACCCUAUUCAGGAGGACUCUAUUCAGGAGGACCCUAUUCAAGAGGACUCUAUUCAGGAGGACUCUAUUCAGGAAGACCCAAUUCAGAAGGACUGUCCCUAUUGUAUUUUGUAUUCUUCUUAUUCCUUAAAUCAUCCUCCAACAUGGAUCAAUAUGAAUAUGGAUCAAUAUGAAUAUGGAUGAAUGUGAAUAUGGAUCAUCCUGGUAAAUGUAGUGCACUGUAUAGGGAAUAGGGUGCCAUUUGAGACGUAUCCCUUGUCUUAUUGGAGAAAUGACAGAAAUGAUGGUAUCAGAAAUGAUAAGAAGCCACUGGGCUCAAAUGAAUGAAGUCACCCUGUAGAUAAUGGCUCUGACCCCCAGACACAGAGGAUAGGGACUAGCCAGAGGGAUAGUUCAAUUUAAUUUAGACUGAUGCUUGCCCUUGGGCAGAAUUCUUUACAUCUGUAGAUCAGUGAAAUGUCUUCCCUCACCCCACCCGGAGAAGAAAGCAUUGUGUUUGAGCACUGAGCAGUGAUUGCCAAUAUCAUUCUGCUGUUGUGUAGCCGCGUGCAUUCUGGAACUGGGGGUAUAUUACAGAGAGCUGUACCUCACAGCAUUACAGAUUUCUACCAGCCACCCCAAAGUAACCAGCCGAGAAUAUCAUCCCUGUUGGUCAAAGCACGGCAGCUAACACUUUAAUAUCCGUUAUGCUUACGAGGAAGGAACAAAACAUACGUUGUUAUGUCUCUUGUCGAUCUAAGCGUUAUUAUGGAAAGAGACAGAAUAUGACGAGAACAGAGGCCCCUUUCACACGGGCCAGCUACUAACAUGUACUGACUAAGUCAAGGUUAAGUAUAUCAACACUGUGGUGAUGACAGGGAAUGGAAAAAUAAUUUGUGCUCCGUCCUCUGCAACAGGCCAAGAGCACAUCAUCUAUUCAAUUAGAGUGGCCGGAUAUAAUUAGAAGUCUUGCUAAACAUACAUUUAUCGAACAAGAGUUGCAUCGAUUUAAUUACAGCAGAGAAGCAAAACGAUCAACAGCAGAUCCACCACGAAAGAAAUGAUGCCAUUUGCCACACACAGAGAGAGCGAGAGAGAGUAUGAGAGAGGAGAGAGAGAGAGAGAGAGAGAGAGAGAGAGUAGGUAUGAGAGUGAGAGAGAGAGAGAGUGGGUAUGAGAGUGAGAGAGAGAGAGACAGUGGGUAUUAGAGAGAGGAGAGAGAGAGAGAGUGGGUAUGAGAGUGAGAGAGAGAGAGAGACAAUGGGUAUUAGAGAGAGGAGAGAGAGAGAGUGGGUAUGAGAGUGAGAGAGAGAGAGAGGAGAGAGAGAGAGAGUGGGUAUGAGAGUGAGAGAGAGAGAUACAGUGGGUAUUAGAGAGAGGAGAGAGAGAGUGGGUAUGAGAGAGAGGAGAGAGAGAGAGAGUGGGUAUGAGAGAGAGGAGAGAGAGAUAGAGUGAGUGGGUAUGAGAGAGAGGAGAGAGAGAUAGAGAGUGUGUGUGUGUGUGCAUGCUUGCCUAUGCAUACUGUAUGUGUUUCCCAAUGUACGAAUCUGUCUGUGUGUGUGUGUGUCAGUGUGCGUGUGUGUGUGUGCAUGCUUGUAUGUGUGAUAGUCUUGAAGUAUUAAACUUGUAAAACAUAUGCAACAUGCUGCCCACAUGCUGCCAGUGCUCGAGGCAGCAGCUAGUCCUGAGAGGCACUUGCAUCCAUCUCUCAGGAUGCUUACCUUAGGGACAAUUCCUUCUCCUUUCUACAGUAUGCACACGCUUCUCCAUCUGGAAGUUUCAUGAAAAUCGUGCACGAAUGUCUGUGGAUCCUCUGGAAGAUUUGCAGUAAUAAUGUCAGUAAGGAGCAAGCUUUUUCCUGCAGUCUAGAGCCAUAUUCAUUAUGCCUAAUUAGAUGUCAAAAAUAUAUAUAUUGUUCUAAAUAGGUUAUUUACAUUUUUACAUUUUAGUCAUUUAGCAGACGCUCUUAUCCAGAGCGACUUACAGUUAGUGAGUGCAUACAUUUUUCAUACUGCCCCCCCGUGGGAAACGAACCCACAACCCUGGCGUUGCAAGCGCCAUGCUCUACCAACUAAGCAUACUUCUUUACCUGUUCAAUUGUCAUUUGAAUUAAUGAUGCACAUUGAUUCUUUAAGAACAAUUUUUUUCAUCCUGAGGAGUUUAAUACAACUGUCACACUGGUAUAUAAUAUCAUAACCCAAUAAUUAAAUACACUGCUCAAAAAAAUUAAGGGAACACUAAAAUAACACAUCCUAGAUCUGAAUGAAUGAAAUAAUCUUAUUAAAUACUUUUUUCUUUACAUAGUUGAAUGUGCUGACAACAUAAUCACACAAAAAUGAUCAAUGGAAAUCAAAUUUAUCAACCCAUGGAGGUCUGGAUUUGGAGUCACCCUCAAAAUUAAAGUGGAAAACCACACUACAGGCUGAUCCAACUUUGAUGUAAUGUCCUUAAAACAAGUCAAAAUGAGGCUCAGUAGUGUGUGUGGCCUCCACGUGCCUGUAUGACCUCCCUACAGUGCCUGGGCAUGCUCCUGAUGAGGUGGCGGAUGGUCUCCUGAGGGAUCUCCUCCCAGACCUGGACUAAAGCAUCCGCCAACUCCUGGACAGUCUGUGGUGCAACGAGGCGUUGGUGGAUGGAGCGAGACAUGAUGUCCCAGAUAUGCUCAAUUGGAUUCAGGUCUGGGGAACGGGCAGGCCAGUCCAUAGCAUCAAUGCCUUCCUCUUGCAGGAACUGCUGACACACUCCAGCCACAUGAGGUCUAGCAUUGUCUUGCAUUAGGAGGAACCCAGGGCCAACCGCACCAGCAUAUUUUCUCACAAGGGGUCUGAGGAUCUCAUCUCGGUACCUAAUGGCAGUCAGGCUACCUCUGGCGAGCACAUGGAGGGCUGUGCGGCCCCCCAAAGAAAUGCCACCCCACACCAUGACUGAUCCACCGCCAAACCGGUCAUGCUGGAGGAUGUUGCAGGCAGCAGAACGUUCUCCACGGCGUCUCCAGACUCUGUCACGUCUGUCACAGGCUCAGUGUGAACCUGCUUUCAUCUGUGAAGAGCACAGGGCGCCAGUGGCGCCCUGUGCUCUUCAAUAACCAAAAAUAUUGUAUUUUCAGCUGUUUGAAGCUGAUGUAAGUAAGUAAAAGAUGCUAAAACAAAACUUAAGAAUGGGAAGAAUAGAAAUAGCGCACAGAUCUACCACUUCUUAGACUUGCUUUCAAUGAGAAUGACAGAUUUAUAACUCACGUUUCUAUGUGAAUUAUGGUCGCGUUGCCCUAAAAAGUUACAUAUUGAAUCUAAAAAAAACACAGGACAAAUCUGAGGGGGGCAUGUGCCCUUGUGGCCCCUAUGGGCAUGACGGCUCUGGUAAAGCGUUAGGAUUAUUCUCCGAUCAAUAGAAGGCUAGUCAUGGCUAUGGCAUCCCAUGGUGUUUGGGAAGGAUGUGAGAGUUUGGUCAUGUUAGUGUACGUGCAGUAGACUGACAAUAGGGUGGAACUGUUUACAUGGUUUGCAGGACCGAAGAAAGCUGUCUGAAAGAAUGGUAAGAGGCUAUGGAUUAUGCUGUCAGUUGUCAUAUGCAUGACGGUGAUUGGAAAACCCAGGAGAGGGUUUCACGUGGCGUGAGAAGUGGGCUGCCUUAGGCAUCCUUCCGCUGCUAUUUUAGUCUAUCAAGUUCAACUCAAUUCCUUCUCACUUUCAUAAAAGAGCUAGGAUGGUGGUAAGAUGAAAGCGGUGCGGUGACAGUUGUGUCCUACGGCUGUAUUGACCAGUGUCUCUGACAGCCUCCCCUUGGUAAUAACGUUUUUAUUGAGCCAAGACCCCUGUCUACCAGAUCGUCUGCAGGUGGCCCCAUGCAGCUCCGUUCCAUGCUGUCUGGAACAUUUCAGUUUGGACUUCUUCCACGUUGUCGUAAAUAAACUAGAGUCCGCACAGAGGGGAAGAGCAUGUAGGGUGAUUGUGAGAGGAUUUUUAACAAAGUUUUACCAAGGCACACUGCAGUGCGAGAUUUAAUUAGAUACUGUAUAUGUAAGCAGUCAUUAGCCAUAUAACGAUAGAGAUUGUAAACAGACAGUGUUGUUAACUAGCGACUUUUAAUAUACAAAAUAAAUCUGAUCUUUGACAUGGCAGUCUCCCUUUGCCAGUGCUAUCAUUUCUAUCAUUUCUAUCUAUCUAUCUAUCUGUCUGUCUGUCUGUCUGUCUGUCUGUCUGUCUGUCUGUCUGUCUGUCUGUCUGUCUGUCUGUCUGUCUGUCUGUCUGUCUGUCUGUCUGUCUGUCUGUCUGUCUGUCUGUCUGUCUGUCUGUCUGUCUGUCUGUCUGUCUGUCUGUCUGUCUGUCUGUCUGCCUGCCUGCCUGCCUGCCUGCCUGCCUGCCUGCCUGCCUGCCUGCCUGCCUGCCUGCCUGCCUGCCUGCCUGCCUGUCUGUCUGUCUUUCCGUCCGUCUGUCCGUCCAUCCAUCCAUCUAUCAUCUUGACUUGAGUCUGCUCCCCAUUAAAAUACAUGGGAGUAUCUGAGUCGACUGAACAUAAAGCUUAUAGCCAUACCAUGCUUCCUUCCUGGCCAUUAUGAAGGUUGUGUCCCAAAUAGUACCAUAUUCCCUAUAUAGUCAACUACUUUUGACCAGAACCCUAUGCGCUCUGGUCAAAAGUGCACUAUAUAGUAAAUAGGGUGCCAUAUGGGACACAGCUGAAGCCAUUCCACGUGUUUCAACUAAUCACAGCACCGUGUAUCAGAGGGAGUCGCUGGCUCAGAUCAACCUAAUGUCUGAUCAACUGACGGGUGUUGAAAAAAGAGCCUUACGAAAAGCAGGCUCUUAAACACUCUUAAUGAGAGGAAGGCCAGAGAAGGCUAUUAGUGCUAAGGUUUACUACCAGGCUCUGGAACAGACUGCAGAAGCAAAUAGUUGUAGCAUCCGCAUUAUCCCUUCACUAUCUCACAGUACAGCAGCCCUCCUCUGUCUGGAUCAUGUUUUACUGCUGUGUGUGUGUGUCUGUGUGUGAGCAUGUGGUUGUGUGUCUGUCUGUCUGUGUGUGUAUGUGUGUCUGUGUGUGUGUCUGUGUGUGUGUGUGUGUGUGUGUGUGUGUGUGUGUGUGUCUUUGUGUGAGCAUGUGGUUGUGUGUCUGUCUGUCUGUGUGUGUAUGUGUGUAUGUGUGUCUGUGUGUGUGUGUGUGUCUGUGUGUGUGUGUGUGUGUGUGUGUGUGUGUGUGCAUUAUAUUUGAUAUUUUGUUGACCUUUAUGAUGUAUUUAUUUCUCUCCUUGUUGUCUCAUUUUUUUUAUUUUAAUGUCUAGUUGGAUCUGCUUUUUGUUUAUGAUUGUUCUGUAUUGCGUUUUGUGUGGGGACCCCAGGAAGAGUAGUUGUUGCAAUCGUAAUGGCUAAUGGGAGAUCCAAGUAAACCCAGAAAUAAUUAGCGAAGAUUCAGGCGCAUAAUCUGUCGUCUUCUUCCGUUCCAACAGAUGGUAUGGUUUUGAAAAUAAGAAUGCGUCUGCUAUCUAGCGGAGCAACUCAUUAGGGUUUAAAAUCAUUACAUUAGAUUUAUGUUAGCAGGGAUCUAACAGCACGCUCUGUGUCUGCGCUCAAUGUCACAGUGAUGCAUUCGCCUAUUUUAGUAUGACUGCAGAGUCUGAGUAUAUCAGCGUUUUGUUAAUAUGCUUGGGUUGUUUAAUUGUUUCAGAUCCACAUUGCUUCAUGGAAAGAGAGAGGAAUAGAGAGUAAGGGUAGAGAAUUAGAGGAAGAGAGACAGAAAGAGAGAGAGUGAGGUUAGAUAAUUAGAAGAAGAGAGGCAGAAAGAGAGAGAGUGAGGGUAGAGAAUUAGAAGAAGAGAGACAGAAAGAGAGAGAGUGAGGUUAGAUAAUUAGAAGAAGAGAGACAGAAAGAGAGAGAGUGAGGGUAGAGAAUUAGAAGAAGAGAGACAGAAAGAGAGAGAGUGAGGGUAGAGAAUUAGAAGAAGAGAGACAGAAAGAGAGAGAGUGAGGGUAGAGAAUUAGAAGAAGAGAGACAGAAAGAGAGAGAGUGAGGGUAGAGAAUUCGAAGAAGAGAGGCAGAAAGAGAGAGAGUGAGGGUAGAGACUUAGAGGAAGAGAGACAGAAAGAGAGAGAGUGAGGGUAGAGACUUAGAAGAAGAGAGACAGAAAGAGAGAGAGUGAGGGUAGAGAAUUAGAAGAAGAGAGACAGAAAGAGAGAGAGUGAGGGUAGAGAAUUAGAGGAAGAGAGACAGAAAGAGAGAGAGUGAGGGUAGAGACUUAGAAGAAGAGAGACAGAAAGAGAGAGAGUGAGGGUAGAGAAUUAGAAGAAGAGAGACAGAAAGAGAGAGAGUGAGAGUAGAGAAUUAGAGGAAGAGAGACAGAAAGAGAGAGAGUGAGGGUAGAUAAUUAGAAGAAGAGAGGCAGAAAGAGAGAGAGUGAGGGUAGAGAAUUAGAAGAAGAGAGACAGAAAGAGAGAGAGUGAGGUUAGAUAAUUAGAAGAAGAGAGACAGAAAGAGAGAGAGUGAGGGUAGAGAAUUAGAAGAAGAGAGACAGAAAGAGAGAGAGUGAGGGUAGAUAAUUAGAAUAAGAGAGACAGAAAGAGAGAGAGUGAGGGUAGAGAAUUAGAAGAAGAGAGACAGAAAGAGAGAGAGUGAGGGUAGAGAAUUAGAAGAAGAGAGACAGAAAGAGAGAGAGUGAGGGUAGAGAAUUCGAAGAAGAGAGGCAGAAAGAGAGAGAGUGAGGGUAGAGACUUAGAAGAAGAGAGACAGAAAGAGAGAGAGUGAGGGUAGAGAAUUAGAAGAAGAGAGACAGAAAGAGAGAGAGUGAGGGUAGAGAAUUAGAAGAAGAGAGACAGAAAGAGAGAGAGUGAGGGUAGAGAAUUAGAAGAAGAGAGACAGUAAGAGAGAGAGUGAGGGUAGAGAAUUAGAAGAAGAGAGACAGAAAGAGAGUGAGGGUAGAGAAUUCGAAUAAGAGAGACAGAAAGAGAGAGAGUGAGGGUAGAGAAUUAGAAGAAGAGAGGCAGAAAGAGAGAGAGUGAGGGUAGAGAAUUUGAAGAAGAGAGGCAGAAAGAGAGAGAGUGAGGGUAGAGAAUUAGAAGAAGAGAGACAGUAAGAGAGAGGGGGUACAGAUGGUGCAUGCUUUGCACUUUUAGGGUUUAUGAGAUGUGUGGAUGCACUCUAUGGCUGGAGGAAAGAUCACAGUCUUUUUUGUGUAAAGAUCUCCCCUCUCUCUGUGAAGCUGUGGUUAUUCUCCUAACACUGCUGUUUUUGAGUUUUACACAAAGUGUGCUCCACUGAACCUAGCUCUGGUCCAGGUCGUUAGUGUGUGUUCCUUCCAUAGUGAAGGUAUGCGCACUAACCCCCUGGGCCAGAGCUACACUGAACCCUACCUCAUUGUUUAAUCCCCCCUUAAGCGCAAGAGUCCGACUUUGAAUUUCGUUUUUGAUCAAUGACGCCCCUGAGCUACACCCAUUGGUCCGUUGAAUGUCAGAAUCAUUCAUCUUAGCAACACACCCCAUUUUGAAAUGUAAUUUCUAUUGAUCUGUUUAAAAAAACAUUAAAUUGUAGGAUACACAAGAGGAUAUAGAUGAUAUUGUUUGUCGUAACUCUGGCAAUAACUGAUUGGUCAGCAAAUGGUCACAGACCUGGGAGAAGGAUCACUUUUAAAGUGAUUACAGCAUGCAUCUGUUUUGAUUUGAUUUCAAUAAUGACAGCGAAGACCCAACAAAUCCCUCACAGCAAAGACCCAACAAAUCCCUCAAAGCAAAGACCCAACGGAUCUCUCUGUCACGCCCUGACUCUGGGGACUCUUAUUUGUUGAGUCAGGGUGUGAUUUUCUAUGUUGUAUUUUCUAUGUUUGUGAUCUAGGUUUUGUAGUUCUAUGUUUGGCCGGGUGUGUUUCCCAAUCAGAGGCAGCUGUCGCUCGUUGUCUCUGAUUGGGGAGCAUACUUAGGCAGCCUAUUGGCAAUUAGGUGUUGUGGGAUCUUGUUCCGUGUGAGGUUUGUUGUGUGUUACCUUUGGACGUCACAUUUAGUUGGUUUAUUGUUUUGUCGUUGUUUAUUAAGUUUAAAAUAAACAUGUAUGCAUAUCACGCUGCGCCUUGGUCUGACCCGUCCUUCAACGAACGUGACAGAAGAUCCCACCAAACGAGGACCAAGCAGCGUGUCCAGGAGCAGACAGCCUGGACAUGGGAGGAGAUCCUGGAAGGAAAGGGAUCCUGGACAUGGGAGGAGAUUCAGGCCGGGAUGGAUCGCCGUCCUUAGGAGGAGACAGUGGAGGCCCGGUAUAGAGAGCAGCAGCGGCAACGCAGAAGGUGCCGGCCGAGGAAGAAGCCCGAGAGACAGCUCCAAUAAAUUUUUUUGGGGGGGCUAAAAGGGUGGUUGGCGGAGCAUAGUGUUAGAGCAGAGCCAACUCCCCGUACUCACACGAGGAGGCGUGUGACUGGGCAGGCUCCGUGUUAUGCGGAGCUACGUACUGUGUCGCCAGUGUGCCGGCACAGUCCUGUACGUCCUGUGCUAGCACCACGCACGUGCUGUGCGAAGAUGGGCAUCCAGCCAGGACGGGGUGUGCCGGCUCAAUGCUCCUGGUCUCCAGUACGCCCCCUCGGUCCCGCAUAUCCUGCGCCGGUUCUACGUACUGUAUCGCCAGUGCGCGUGCACAGCCCUGUGCGUCCUGUGCUAAUGCCUCACACAUACUGUGCGGAAGUAGGCAUCCAGCCAGGACGGGUUGUGCCAGCUCUCCGCUUCAGACCUCCAGUCCGCCUCCACAGUCCGGUACGGCCCGUUCCUGCUCCUCGCACCAAGCCAGUGGUGCGCGUCGCCAGCCCGGUCUGGCCUGUUCCUGCUCCUCGCACCAAACCAGUGGUGCGUGUUCCCAGCCCAGCCCGGCCCGUUCCUGCUCCUCGCACCAAGCCAGUGGUGCGCGUCGCCAGCCCGGCCCGGCCUGUUCCUGCUCCUCGCACCAAGCCAGUGGUGCGCGUCGCCAGCCCGGCCCGGCCUGUUCCUGCUCCUCGCACCAAGCCAGUGGUGCGCGUCGCCAGCCCGGCCCGGCCUGUUCCUGCUCCUCGCACCAAGCCAGUGGUGCGCGUCGCCAGCCCGGCCUGUUCCUGCUCCUCGCACCAAACCAGUGGUGCGUGUUCCCAGCCCGGCCCGGCCUGUUCCUGCUCCUCGCACCAAGCCAGUGGUGCGCGUCGCCAGCCCGGCCCGGCCUGUUCCUGCUCCUGACUUUGAGAUGUACAUCUAUUAUAGUGUCUCAGUUCUGACAUCAUGUCUAAAAAGCGAGGCUUGGUGCCUUGCAAGAACUACAACAAAAAUAGGAAAACAUUGCAUCCUUUGACCUGCUGUCUGACUGAUGUUUUUCGGGCUCUUCAAGAUGAUAAUGCGGCGUCUGGAUUUCACCAUACCUCCAUAUUGCUGCUUUCACAUUAUCUCUAUCAGUAGGCAAUGCACAGUUCUGUCCUACGGCGGAGUAGCAGGGGCAGAGGGAGAUUUUUCUCCUAAAUCUUAUUUUCUGUGCUAUAAAUCCCCCCUUCUCCUCCUUCCCCUCCUCUUCCUCAUGGAGUGUGGAGGAACAUGUGGGAGACAGCUGUGUGUGUAGACAGCUGUGUGUGGAGGAACAGGUGAGGGGGAUGCUGGGAGCGUGUUGGUAACAGUGGCAGGACGAGGCCCGGUGCGGUUUAGGGAUGCUGCCUGUUUACACAGCCAAGAGGCUGCAGACAGUCUGUUAGUCUGGUAGCUGAGUGGACCCAGCUGUGGGACCUACAGUAUAGCUUCCUGGUGGUUGCCCAGGAUUCUCCACUGCCAAAGCCAGAUCACUCAGCUCACUGCCAAAUGA